AUGGCAUUUCCCGCCUUCGAGAGCUCGGGGCUCUCAAGCAAACCAGGCCAAGCUGGCAAUACAUCAAUGGGACAUGAAGACACGGCCACUUCGAUACCGGGCCCUGUGGUCGAAGACCCCUCUCUUUCAGAGAAGAAAACCCAGGAUGAUCAAGCCAUAGAACCAGAACCUACCAGACAUGUUGAUUAUCUGUCUCAUGAAUGGAAGGAGGAAGAUAUCUGGUUGUCUUGGAGCUACGUUACUCACCGACGCGGUGGUCUAACUAACGGUACUCGGCUGGAAAAUGCUUCAUGGCGAUCAUGGACGAAGACCAAAAACCAGCUCAAGACCGUGUCACCGGAGACGCUCAAUUGGCUGAAGGACUGCGAUGUGACAUGGCUGUAUGGGCCAUUACAAACCAACAAAAACAUCGGUCAGUCAGUAGAGAACACAUCCCCUCUCCCAAGCCGCCUCUCUCACUCCUCCUCGUUUAUCUGCAAGAAACCGAUUCUCAAGAAGAAGUCGGCCUCGGCCGUUAUUUUGGAGAGAUCGCGGUCACAACACUCGCUGCUGCAACGAGCCGGCGACAUCAUCCGGGUGCAACAAUCCAGUCCUGCUGUUCUGGGCCGCCCGAUAUUGAGACGUGGCAAUUCGGAAUUCGUCUUGCCCCGGUACAACAGCAGCUCGGUGGCCAAUACUCCUGCUGAGCAUGACAUGCCUGGGUUUAUUGGCCCACGUGCAUCGUUUGCUUUCGGCGACGUUCCCACACCCUCAGAGUGCAAACAUGUUCUGUUCGACGAGGAAGUUCGCCAAGUACAGGCCAUUGAUUCGGAAGAUGACGAUAAGCCGGAGGAAGAAGACGAGUCGAGCUUCGAGGACGACGAAGAUGACGACGGUGGACUGAUGAUGGCGCCCUCGCACCGAACGGCCAAUGGUAACGACCGAACUACGCCUCGCGGCAGUUUCAGCAACGAAUCGAAAACGAUUGUGCCAUUACCGUCUACAACACUCAAAUACAGAACUGACACCCCCGAGCCUCCGGAGGUGCCCAAUGCCUCAAGUUUCACCUGGCCCAAUUCACGGAAACUGUCUCCUUCAGCGUCCCAAGAGACUUUGAGACCCUCGAGGCCGCACCAGAACUUCUUGAUCGAUGACGACCCCGAAGUGGUGGACGAACCAUGGCAGCCAUCGAGCAGAUUAGGCGCCGGACGGUCUCCUUACGACGAUGAUAGUGAAGAUAGUGACUCGCACCCGCACCUGAGGCGAACCGAGUCGGGCAUGUUUAUGCCGUAUGAUGACAACGAAGAAGAAGUGGCCAUGAACAAGACGUUAUUUGGUCAAGCCGCCUAUGCCGUCAACACAUUCAAGGAUAUAGCCCACGUGAUAUGGAACGUGGGUUGGAAUCGAAACUGA